UCAUUACAAAAACCUUGUUAUAUCAAAAGGCCCGAAAACACAAAUCCACAUGGACAGUCUGUCACAGACGUGGUAAUAGUGGAGGGUGGUGGUGGUGUAUACUCACAUCGUCAUACUCAGACCGAAAUAGGGCUCACUCACUCCCUCUCCUCCCUCCAUCUCUCCUUUUUUUUUUUUUUUUUUCUUUUUCUCUCGAAUCUUCUUCUUUCACUCUCCGUGUCACGCACCGGAGAUCGAACUCUUCUCCUCGGUGGUAACUGGUAAUGGCGUCUCUUUUGGAAUCUUGCUGGCUGUAUCUGAUCACUCACUUCAGUGAUUUUCAACUGGCUUCUUUGGGAAGCUUCUUCCUUCAUGAGGGUGUCUUUUUCUUGUCGGGACUUCCUUUUAUAUAUCUUGAAAGGGCAGGAUAUCUGAGCAAGUACAAAAUCCAGUCCAAAAAUAACACUCCUGCUGCUCAGGAGAAAUGUAUUACCCACCUAUUGCUGUAUCAUAUUGGUGUGAACUUGCCAGUUAUGAUUCUUUCCUAUCCUGUCUUCAGAUACAUGGGCAUGCAAAGUAGUCUACCAUUGCCGUCCUGGAAAGUAGUAUCACUGCAAAUAUUGCUCUACUUUAUACUUGAAGAUUUUGUAUUCUAUUGGGGGCAUAGGAUUUUACAUACAAAAUGGUUAUAUAAGCAUGUCCACAGUGUCCAUCAUGAAUAUGCUACUCCAUUUGGACUGACUUCUGAAUAUGCUCAUCCUGCUGAAAUAUUGUUCCUUGGCUUUGCAACCAUUGUUGGCCCUGCUAUCACUGGGCCUCAUCUGUUUACUUUGUGGUUAUGGAUGGUAUUAAGAGUUUUGGAGACAGUUGAGGCCCAUUGUGGGUACCAUUUCCCUUGGAGCCCCUCAAACUUGUUUCCUUUGUAUGGAGGAGCUGAUUUUCAUGACUAUCAUCACCGACUACUUUAUACUAAAUCUGGCAACUACUCAUCAACUUUUGUUUACAUGGAUUGGAUCUUUGGUACGGACAAGGGAUAUCGAAAAUUGAAGGCACUGAAGAGCAGUGGAGCUGAAGUUGUUGUUGGAGACAAGCAAAUGUAAUGAGGAGAGAUUUUUGACCUCUCUGACCGUCAGAGAAUGCUUUCUAGGUUAAUGGCAUCCCAAAAUGGUCUCUUUCCUGCCUACCAAGCUCAAGGAAAAAAGAUCUACCUCUUCCUCAUUUUCCCUUCGUAUCCUCCAUUUGUUUGUUUAGUUUUGGUAGAAAGGCAGGUUGUGAUUUUAAGUGUGCAAUAAUGUGGAAUUGUUGAAAGGUCUUUUGUUGUGGACAUUUUGUGCUCUAUCCCAUCCCUAGCUUCUUCUGCUUUCUUGCU